CCCGGGGCCGUGCCCGGUUACCGUUGCCGGGGCCCGGCGGUGGCGGUGGCGGCGAUGGUGAAGGAGACGAUCCGGGUGUACGCGCGGGUGAAGCCGCUGGGCAGGCGGCAGCAGGCGGGGAGUUACUCAGUUGAUAAUGAGGAACCUCUGCCCAGUCUGGAGAUUACUGUGCCACGUGACUUAGGAGAUGGGUUCAUCAACAAUAAACGAGAAAGCUACAAGUUCAAAUUUCAGAAAAUUUUUGAUCAAGAGGCAAAACAAGAUGUGAUUUUUGACAGCAUUGCCAAACCAGUAGCAGAAUGUGUUUUGGCUGGAUACAAUGGGACUAUCUUUGCAUAUGGUCAGACAGGCAGUGGCAAAACUUUUACCGUCACAGGAGGAGCAGAACGUUACAGUGAUCGAGGCAUCAUUCCCAGGACUUUAUCUUAUAUUUUCGAUCAGUUGCAGAAGGAUAGCAGUAAAGUGUACACAACUCAUGUUUCCUACUUAGAAAUCUACAAUGAAUGUGGUUAUGAUCUGCUGGACCCAAGACAUGAGGCCUCUAGAAUGGAAGAUUUGCCAAAAGUGACAAUAAUGGAAGACUCUGAUCAAAACAUUCACCUGAAAAACUUAUCUCUUCAGCAAGCAACCAACGAAGAGGAAGCCUUAAACCUACUUUUCUUGGGGGACACCAACAGAAUGAUUGCUGAGACGCCAAUGAAUCAAGCCUCAAGCCGAUCUCACUGCAUUUUCACUAUUCACAUCUCCAGCAAGGAACCUGGAUCUGCAACCAUCCGACGCUCCAAGCUACAUUUGGUAGACCUUGCUGGAUCAGAACGUGUUGCAAAGACUGGAAUUGGAGGCCAGUUACUGACAGAAGCCAAAUAUAUCAACCUCUCAUUACAUUAUUUGGAGCAGGUAAUAAUUGCCCUUGCAGAGAAAAAUCGGUCCCACAUUCCUUACCGAAACUCUAUGAUGACCUCAGUGCUAAGAGACAGCCUGGGAGGAAACUGCAUGACUACCAUGAUAGCAAUGCUUGCUAUGGACAAAAGAAACAUAGGCGAAUCUAUAUCAACCUGCAGAUUUGCACAACGAGUUGCUCUUAUUAAGAAUGAAGCAGUCCUUAAUGAAGAAAUUGACCCCAGAUUGAUGAUUGUCCAGCUGAAAAAGGAGAUUCAGGAUUUGAAGGAUGAGCUGGCACUGGUGACUGGCAAGCAAAGAACAUCGGAGCUUUCCCAAGAAGAGCUACUUCAGUUGGAUGAGUUAAUUGAAACAUUUCUCAAAGAUAACGAUCCUGAUAGCUCUCUGGAUGUUGGUGCUGACAUGCGGAAGAUCAAGUAUUCCUUUGUUCAUAUGAAGCAAAUUAUAAAUCAUCCAAUGACUUCAGGUAAUAAACUGCUUUCACAAGACAUCUCUGAAGAAAAAAACAGUAAUGAAGAACUGGAAAAACUGAAAGGACUUCUGCAACAAAGAGACAAUGAAAUCAACAUUCUGGUAACUAUGCUAAAAAAAGAAAAAAAGAAAGCACGAGAUGCUCUUUCCCAGUUUAAUGCCAGCUCUGCUGGUUCUACAGCCUUGGAGCAGUCCCCUUCUAUGAGCUUGGAAGAAAAUCAGAGUCCAUCUAAGUGUUUUAGUCUGAAAGAGGCAAAAGUUUUGAGCUCUUCCAUUCCCAGACUACCUUUUCUUUCCAGAGCAACAGGAGGAGAGAUGUCACUUGGAUGUCAGGAAGCUUUUGAAGUUUUCAAGCGGGACCAUGCUGACAGUAUAACCAUUGAGGACAACAAACAGCUUCUGAAGCAGAGGUUUGAUGAAGCUAAAUGCCUUGGAGAGAAAUUAAAUGAAGUGAGAAAUAAAAUAAACCAUCUGAAAGGAAAGGUAAUCCAGAGGCAGAUACAGAGAGCAGCUCAAGCUGUUUCAAAUCCUUCUGAAGAGCUAACAUUUGAUCCAGUAGAAGAGAAUCUUCGAAUGCAAAUUGAAGAAGAAAAAAAAAGCUAUAAAACAGUGUACAGUCGCUUCAAAGGGCUGAAGGUAGAGAUUGAGCACUUGCAGCUUCUUAUGGAAAAAGUGAAGAUGAAGUUACAAAAAGACUUUGAAAUCUGGUGGGCUGAAGAGGCAAAAAAAUUCCAGCAGGAAAAGUCAGAGAUGGUUACUUCACCAAAUACUGUCACUGUUUACCCACAUUUUACCAGAUCCUCGCAGCAUCUAUCACCUAGCAGUUUUUCAGACACCAAUAGAGACAGCCCUAAUGAAGAUCCAGCUGUGAAAAAGAAUUCAGUCACUUUUGGUAACCCAACUUUAAAAACAAGGACUCCACCACCAAGUUCAAGUACAUCUAUUCCUCUGACUGGAGACAGCCAGGCUGAUGCUGACAUCCUAGCUUUCAUUAAAGCAAGACAGAACAUCCUGCAGAAGAAAGGCCUGGGGAACAAAUAAAAAAACUAGUCCAAAAAUCAUUCUCCAUCAGAAGCUUGAUAAUAACAGGAUCAGUCAAGAUAUCUUUCAAGUUAUUUUAUCACUUAAUUUAGAAACAGCUUAUUUGUGUUGAUGUAAAUUAUACUUCUGAUCAAAGUGGUAUUUUUUCUGGCUUUUGAAAACCAGUGAGGAAAGUGAGCAAACCAUGUCGCUUAUUUUUUGGCCUAUAUUUUAUUUCACAUCUAUCUGUGUUCAAGAUUUGUUAGGGGCUGUAAGAACAAUAAGUAAAGCAUUUAGUAAACACUGAAUCCUUUGAUUUGCUCCAAGUAAUACAUGAAAAGUGAUUAUUAUGCAUAUUGUAAACCAGGAUGUCAUUUUGGUAUCUGGCCUUUCCAGAAUGGCUCAGAUUUUCCAUGGGAAAAGCUGGAUCCUAUUGGGUCAGUCUCACUGAGGAAGAAAGACAAGUGAAGGAAUAAUCAAGGAGAACAUGCCCAGUCCUGGAUUCAAAACAUAUUUUGUAAGAAGUCAUUCCCUAGUUUUGAGACCAGAUACCCUCUUCCAUUCUACAUUUGCAGGGAGCACUGGAAAAGCAGGACCUUGGAAGAACAGUCUACUUCCAUGUUCAGCUACUAUUCCUAAAGUUUGUAAACUCAGGUUUUGUUUAUUUUUUAAUCAGAAGAGCAUUAGAAAAGCAACAAGAGAAGUUAAGACUAGAGAGUGUGCUUUGUCAUCCUGUCAUAAAAAGCGAUUUGCCAGUAUUGUUAUUUCAGCAUAUUUUAUAUGAUGUCUUUUUACCUGGAAGUCAAAUUUAAUUUCCAGUGUGGUAAGCCAUGCUGAACUUCCAGAGGAACUGCUUUUCAGAACCCACACAAAAAACAUAAUUUUACCAUAGUUUACUUCCAAAUGUAUAUUUCUUUUUUUCCUGUGGCAAGGUAUCAUUUCUGGGCUGCUGCACAGAUUCUGGCUUUAUUUGGUUCCUACAUUACAGCCUGACACUAGAGGGGGAAAUAACUGUAUUAUAGAAAUAAGCACACUUUUAUGAUGUUAGUGACUCAUUUUGCAAAGCCUUAGAAAAUUAAGAUCCCAAAAGUAAGUCUGAGUGGACAUAUUUUCUUAAGGCAUAAUUUACACUGCCAACUUUGUCAGCUGGCAUGCUUUGGUGAUCAGAACCAAAAGAGCAGAAGGGAAGAAAAAAUCUGAUUAUGUGCUGUAUUUGUUCAUUUGUACAGUAUGGAUUCAUAAUUGUGAAAUGUACUUCAAAUGAGAAAAUUUGUCUCAGCACAGCUGUGCACAAUUCCAUGGUUUGCAUCCAUUCCAGAAAACCAGGAGGCUGGCAUUCUCUGGUAGUCAUAAGUCCUAUCAACAGCAGCACAAUGACCACCUGGAUCUCCCAGCAGAGACAGCCCUGCUAGUGCAAUACCCCAGGCUUGUCUACCCAUACCAUUGCACUGGGAAUGGAAUAAAAACCUAUACCUUUUAGUUAUGGAAGUGAGACACAAGAGUGAUGUUAGAUGCUGUGUAAGUAAAUGUCAUCCUUAGCACAGAAGAAGAGAAAGUCUACCAUCAGUGAUAAUAAGCUGGAUGUCUCAGCUGAUUCAGAUAAUUUUGCUUCAUAAUGUUGUUGCAGUGCUCAGUAAUAUAACUGCUACUAUAACUUGCAUCUCCCAAACACUUCACUUUUUCAUCUAAAAAGAAAUACCAGACCACCAAGUUUCUGGGUCUUUACACAUUUCACUUCCCUUUCGAAAACUUUCUGUUCCCCUACUCACACUGAUAGAGCAGUCCCAGAAAAAAGACCAGGGUGGUCUCCUGGGAAUUAUCCACAAUAGUUUUAGUUUUUCAGAGCGUGAUAAGUGUCCUUCUGCUGCUGGUCAGUCAGCCUCCUCUGGAUGAUGGCCGGCCCCAGGUUAUGAUAGCAGUACAAAUGGAAAGCUUUUGGAAUUCUAGAAAUACCAGAUGUUUGAAUAAAACUGGAUCUUUUUCUCUUUGGAAUGUCCCAAGCUUCUGUUACUCAUUUCGUGUCCAAUAGCGACAUCCAGUCACUCCCUUUCAACCUUUGAUGUGAAAGAAGGUUUUGAAAAACUCAGUCUUAGCAAACAGCAGCUAAUGAUAAUGAUAACAAUAAUAGAGAUAAGCCAAUUUAAAUCUCCCCACACAAAAUAUUUUUAUAAUGAAUUAGUUAAUUGUAUUUCAUCUUCCAGUGGCUGGAUUGGUAGCCUUUGUUUUGUGAUAGACCAGAGGAGCUUUCAUACAGCCUGAUGCCAAGAAUAUUUGUUAUUUCAUAUUCUGUUAUUUGAUGCGGGUGUAAGGUGGACAGAGUAAAUUCCCUAGCAAUCAGGUCUAAGUGGUUUUUCAAUGAGCAAGUCUUUCAGUGCUUGAACACCACUUAGUGGGGGUAGGCUGGGGGUUAGAAAAUAAUCCCUUCAUCUACUUUUUGUAGUUCAGAAAUUAUCAUUUAGAUACCUUGUGGCCAAUAUCAGUAAUGUUUACCCAGCUCCUGCACCAAAAUUCCUGCAGCUAGACUUCUUCAGGUCUGCAAAAAUUGAGCUAAAACACUUGUGAACUGCUUUGUCUCCUGCUUAUAACCCUCAGAGCUCCAUGAUGAGAACUUUUUUGACAAAGCAAAAUUCCAUCAACUCUCCACCUAGUUUUAUUCAGACCCUUCUCUUGUCUGUAGCCAGAUUUCUUUUUUAGUUGAUGUAAAACCUUACAAGAAAAGUAGAUGCAUUUGUUUUGUUCAUCACCUUUACAUUUUUAGAGAUUUCAGAGAGUUUUCAAAUAAGAAUUACACAUUUUCCUAAAACGAGCAUAGGUGUUUGUAGUUACACUGGAACUGAGCUGCUGAACACACACACACAAAUAUUUUGUAGGCAUAGUAUACGUAAUUAUUUAUGUUUGCCUGUGCUCAGACACACACAAGCCCACACAAAGAGCAGGAGAGACACUUGUUCAUAUUUAUUUCCCUUUUUCCUACUAGAUAACAUAUUCAUUGCUGUAUCUGUAGCCCAAAAUAAUCACAAGGAGGAAAAAACAAUUGCCUUAUAAGCAGAAAUAAAGAUGAGGAAAUGUUCCACUCUGGAUGCAGUGAGAAAUGUGGUAUUGAAAGCAGUUCUGGAACAGGCAGUGUGGACAAAAGAAGAGAUCUUUUCCCAGGCCUGAGCACCUUGUAUUUCUCACAACACAAAUAUGGCAUUGCUGCUUCAGGGCCCAGGACCAACUCAUUGCAAUGCAGCACUCCAGAGGGAGGCAGGGCAAUUUGCCAUGACACCUUUUCCAUCUUGCUGCCUCACUUACUGCUGCAGUUACAGAUGGCCAACAUUUGUGUCUUAAACAUUUAUCCUGCAAAAUAGCAACUUUUGUAUAAAAAUGUAUUUGGUGCACCAAAAUAUUUCCCUUAAAUUUAAAUUUUCAUCUUGUUUCAAUCUUCAGAAAACAUUUUGAGAUUUCAGAUGUUGUUUUUUCUCUUUUUUGUCACCUCCCUUCUGUCUCACACUGUUCUUUGAACACAGUAGAUAUUUGCCAAGGUUGAAGGAUUUGGUGGGAGGGUCAUUUUCUCCUUUUUAUUCCCACUUAUUUAUUGUUUUUCCAAUUAUUUAAGGCUUUACCUAUAUUGUUAGUGUAGUGCAUUAAAAGUUUGGCUAGCACAGGAUCUCAGCCUCCUAUCACACCUCUCAAUGAAAUAAGUACAAGAUUGUAUUAGAAUAAUAUUUUUUUCUCCUUUACUUGAAGUUUGUAAAAUGACCAAAUAAAUGUAAAAAUAGAUAAGCGUUUCUUAAAAUUUUGACAUUGAGGUUCUCCAUGCACUCAGUGGUAGAUGGAAACUAUUACUGGGAAAGAACCAGAAGUGAAAAAUUUUACAAAUAUUUUGGGUGAAGGAAUACGAGUUGUCUCAAUUUGAACUCUGUAAUCUAAACAAAGUUAUAACUUCAAAAUUAAAUGAAUAUUUCGAAAACUCCA